AUGGAAGAGAAAGUUAUAAAGUGGCUCGAAGAAGAGGACCUGGCUGACCUCACGCAGAUGUUUAUAAGUCAAAAAAUAAAUAGCAUGAAAAGGUUAUUAGCAUUAAAUGAGGAAUUAAUAAAAGAAUUAAUUCCUCAAAUAGGAUUGCGAGCAGGUUUCCUUUCUAGUUGGAAAAAUCUAGUAGCUGAUGUAUGUAAUAUUCAAGGAGAGAUUUCUAAGAAAACUGAUACACAAUUAACCACGGAAAACAUACCAGUGCUUGAUAUAUUGAUACCUCAAGAAAUAUCUCAAGAUAUACCUCAAGAAAUACAGGAUCAAGCAAUACCUAGAUCAAUAUUACCUGAAGAGUCUACAGUGGACCUGUUUACUGAGCAUAAAGAUUCAGAAAGAAUAUCCCCAUCUUUACCAUCCGUUUCGAAUUUUACUUCUGCAGUUCAAGGAAAUAAAAGAAAACGAACUGAGGAGAGUUCUCAACCCCAGUGCAGCCGACAUUUUCGAUCUUUUAAAGCGUGUGAAGAAUUGACAGUUUUGGAUUUUGAAGAACUUCUUAAAAACUAUUCCUUAAAAA